AUGGAGAAGCCAGCACCCCCAGAGUGCAUGGAGCGCGUCACCCCAAAUGGUGCGCAAGCUGCGUCUCUCGCGGUCAAGACGUCCUGGCUUGAGCGCAAGUUGAAGCCGACACGUAUCCGCCACCGAUAUCCGUUCAAGGGGGCGCCUCUGUUAUGGAUGACCUGUGCAUUCGGAAGCCUUGGAGAUGCUCUUUUCGGAUACGAUCAAGGAAUCGUCGCCGGCCUGCUGGUGAACCCCGUGUUUCUGGCGCGUUUCUUUCGCGACUACGGCGGCGCCGACGGGACCAGCGACAACAUCGACCCGUCCAUCACCGGCAUCCUCGUGGCCUGCCUGCAAGUGUCGGCCGCCGUCGGGGCGCUCAUCGCCGGACCAUUCGGCGACAUGGUUGGAAGGAAAAAGUCGGUCCGCGUCGGCGGCUUCAUCUACUUUGCGACCGCCUUCGUGCAGGCCUUUGCCCCCGACUUCAAAACCUUCGUUGCCGGGCGCACCGUCCAGGGCCUGGGCGUCGGCUUCCUGUCCAUGACCGUGCCCGUCAUCCAGACGGAGAUUGCAGCGCCGCAUCGCCGCGGCCUCAUGGUGGGCAUCGAGUACACGUUCCUCAUCGGCGGCUACGCCAUGUCGACGUGGGUCGACUUUGGCUUCCACCACCUGAUCCCGCAGAGCGAGUCGUGGCAGGGCCCGUACUUUAUACAGAUGGGGCUCGCCUUCAUCCUCGUGGCCAUGUCCUUUGUCUUGCCCGAGACGCCGCGCUGGCUCGCCUCCAACGGCUUCCCCAAGGAGUGCCUGCAGACCAUCGCCGACCUGCACACGCCCGACGGCGACACGCAGUGCCCCGAGGUGCAGCAGGUCAUGCUGGAAAUCGCCGAAGCCGCGCGCUACGAGGCCACGCUCGGUCAGUCGUCGUGGGGAGAGAUGUUUACGCGCUAUCGGAAGCGCACCUUGGUCGGCAUCUCGGUCCAGAUGUUUGCCCAGCUCAACGGCAUCAACGUCAUCUCGUUCUAUCUCCCCACCACGUUGGCCAAGGCGGGCUUCACGCAGGAAAAGUCGCUGCUGUACACGGCUGCCAACUCUCUGCCAUACGUUGCCGCCACCGUACUUGCCUGGUGGCUGGCCGAUGCGUGGGGUCGGCGUCCUUUGCUGCUCCUCGGUGGCGUCCUCAUGGCCAUCGCGCUAUGCAUGGUCUGCGCCUUCACCGAGGCCAAGUUCCACGACCCCAACGUGCGGGCGCACCUCAUCUACGCCUUUGUCGUCAUCUACAACACCAUCUACGGCUUCACCUGGGGCCCGAUCCCGUGGCUGCUGCCCGCCGAGAUCUUUCCGCUCCGGGCGCGCAGCAAAGGCGUGGCGCUCGCCACGUGCUCCAACUGGCUCUUCAACGUCGUCAUCGGCAUGUCGGCGCCCGACGCGUUUGCGGGCAUCGGCGGGUACUACUACCUCAUCAUCGCCGGCUUCUGCCUCACGUCGGUGGCGCUGACGUACUUUUACUUUGUGGAGACGGCGAACCAUACGCUCGAGGAGGUGGCGCUGGCGUUUGGUGAUAAGGCGUUUGCGGCGGACGACGUGGUGAUUAUGGCUACGGCGGGGCUGCAUCGCGACCGCGGCGUCGUGUCGUCGCCGGCAGUGUGA